AUGGGAAGAAGAAAAAUUGAAAUUCAACCAUUGACUGAUGAUAGAAAUAGAACAGUUACUUUUGUUAAAAGGAAAGCAGGAUUAUUUAAAAAAGCAUAUGAAUUAGCUAUAUUAUGUCAAGUUGAUUUAUCAAUAGUUAUAUGUGGGAAUAAUAACAAGAUAUAUGAAUUUUCAACAGUUAAUGCAAAAGAAAUUUUUAAUAAUUAUGAUAAUGUUUUAAAAAGUAAAAAAUCAAUACAUGAAUCAAAAUCUCCUGAAAAUUAUCUGAUUUAUAAAAAGAAAAAAUUAUUAUCUGAACCAUUAAUGACUAAAAAAGGACAUAUUGUUGAAGUUAAAAAUGGAAGUAUUGGAUCAAAUGAAGAAAAUAGUAGUUUUGAUGGUGAUGAAGAAGAAGAUGAAGAAGAUGAAGAUGAAGAUGGUAUAUCAGAAGAAGAUUUUAUGAAAUUGAAAACUACAAAAAAGAAUAGAAAUCCGAAAGUUUUUAAUAGUAAAAGACCAGCUCCAUCACCACCACCAGCUCAUAUAUCAAUGAAUAACGUACCAACUUUUAAUAAAUAUAAAAAACCUAAACUUGAAGUUCCAAAAUCAUCAGAGAGCGUAAAUAAUUCAAGAACUCCAUCUCCUUCAAUGAAUAAAAAAGAAACUAAUUCAAGACCAAUAUUAAGAGUUCAAAUUCCAACAGAUGCAAAAGGAAAUAAAAAAACCGAACAAUUUUCAAUAAAUGAUAAUAAAAGUGAUACAGGUAAUGAUACAGCAAGGACAAUAACAGCAAUAGAUAAUAGUAAUUCUUCAUUACAACCAUCAUCAAUAAAUCAAACUAAUUCUAGUAGAACUACAGCAACUACAAGUAGUUCACAAGGAAUAAAUAGUAGUAGUACUCACAAUAGUCAUCAUCAAGGUGUAAUUAAUGGAACUCAUUCAACAAAUGGUACAACCACUCACAACGGUUUUAGUUCAUCUACUCAUUUGUUACCAUCAGCAGUUCCAUCAACUAGAUUUACAGGUUUUUCAUCUUUUAAAUCCCCAGAUACAAGAAAGCCAUUAUUACCAUUACCAAUAAAUUCAAAAUCUCAAACUUCUUCACCUGCAAGUGCUACUGCUCCUGGUUUACCAAAUAAUCCAAUAAGUACUGUAUCAAGUAAUAAUAGUAGUAUGAGUAAUAAUAACAAUAGUACUCCAAAUAAUAGUAGUGGAAAUAUUUUCUAUUCAAAUAAUAAUAAUAACAAUACUACUAAUGGUAAUGGAAAUUUUUAUGGAAUGCAACAAUCCCCACAAAAUAAUACUUAUAUUAGUUUUCCUAUCCAUGGGUUCAAUCAACAAUAUCAGCCAUAUAACUCACAACAUCAAACUACCACAAUUCAAAAUUCCGCUACUCACCAACAACAUCAACAACAACAGCAAGAUCAACCACAACAGUAUCAAUCCCUACAACAUCAAAAUUUUCCUCCUCAAUCAACAAUUAAUCAACCAGAAUCAUCAAUACGAUUCCGUAACCCUUCAAUUCAUCAACACCAACCUCAAAAUGGUGAACAAACACCUAUAUCUGGUCUACCAUCAAAAUAUAUAAAUGAUAUGUUCCCAUUUCCAUCACCUUCAAAUUUUUUAAAUGCUCAAGAUUGGAAUACUGGUGCUACUCCUACAACUUCAAAUGUUCCACAAUUUUUUCUAAAUAUGAUGCCAUUACAAAGCGCAGGUGGACUCAAUCAACAACAACAACAACAACAACAACAACAACAACAACAACAGCAACAACAGCAACAGCAACAACAACAACAACCAAAAUUUGCUAGUGGUAAUAAUACCGGUCAAGUACCUAAUUUUUCAACUGGUGGCACACCAUUAUAUAAGUCUCACAUAUCACCAAUCAUUUAUAAUAAUAAUAAUGGGAGUUCAAAUUCAAAUGUAAGUAAGAUUACAGAAGAAGAAGAAUUAAGUCAUGAUGAAUCUACUAAAGGUGGGAAUACUAUUAAUGCUACUAUUACUGGAGCUAAUAGUGGAAAUGGGGUAAAAAUUGGUGUUGUUAAAAAGGAUUAA